UGUUCGUACGCCGAGAGCAACGACGGUGUGAACCUCGUUGAGAAGCAGGACGCCGAUGGGCAAACUUGUUUGCAUGCUGCGGCACGAGGGAAGGCCCUCUCCGUAUUCCAUUGGCUCCAGAAGCAGUACCCACGGCUCGUUCUGAUUCGUGACAAUAUGGGCAGAACUGCCACUGAUCUUUCGUCACAACGCACUGUCUUCUCCUCUGCCCUUAAGUUGCCUCUAGUUGGUCGAUACGCUGCUAUGAUACGUAUCAACCCAUACUCCAACGAUCUCCAGAGUCUUCUAGCCGCUUAG